AUGGCUUUUAGGAUGGACAUAAUAGUUUUCUUCCUUUGCUUUAUCUAUGUUAGCAACAAUUUAACUAAAGCGGACUGGGGAUUAUCUACAAAGGAAGAGUUGGAAUUCAAGAAGCAAUUUCUAAAUCUUGAGAAGUUUGCAAUUAAAAGCAUUCAAAUAGGAGAUGGAGACAUAUAUGAUUGUAUUGAUUUCUACAAACAACCUGGCUUUAAUCAUCCAUUUUGGAAGAAUACUACAUUUGAGAUGAAACGUAAGUUGUUUGUAGAAGGAAGGGGAACCAAUGCGAAUUCACCAUUAAAUACUAGGUUUAAAGGCGUAGGUUGUCCUUAUGGAACAGUUCCGAUUAGAAGAGUCAAUAAAGAUGACUUGGGAAGAGCCAAAAUGCAUCCGACGAAUAUUGAUGAAGAACCUGGACAUCAUUAUGCAAUACUUCGAACAAAAGCUGAUCCCAAUAGAAAGCUUGUCGGAAUUGAAUCAUACUUUCGCUUAUUUAACCCAAGAGGAAUCAUUGGAUCCCAGUAUAGUGCAUUCCGGAUGACAUUAUCAAACGGUCUUGACAGCAUAAAAACAGGUUUCACGGUAAAUCCUUUAUUGUUCAAAGACAACAAGACCCGGCUAUUUACUCACGUAACGAUCGAUGGAAGAAUACAAUGUUAUAAUCAAGAUUGUCCCGGAUAUGUACAAAUCAAUUCUGACAUACCUCUAGGAUGGACCUCCCCUGAAGCCAAUCCAGAAAUAUAUGCAAUAAAAUUGCGAAUCAAUAAGGGAAUAUGUGACGGACCAAAUUCAACAAAAUGCCUAUGGACAUUGUACUUUGAUGAUGAGAAUUCUGUAGUUGGUUUUUGGCCCCCAACACUAUUUGGCCAAUUAAGUGAGUUUGCAAAUCAAGCUGAUUGGGGAGGAGAAGUUUAUAGUCCAUUGGACCAACCUAGUCCUCCAAUGGGCACUGGCAAACUUCCGCAUCAACGGGGUUGGCACACAAUAGAUUUAGCUCAUAGUCGGCGUAUUGCAUGUACAUAUGAGAAUGCGAAAUUUCUUUUUUUAAAUCCAAUCGAUACAGAGUUGUAUAAAUCUGAUGAAGAUGCAUAUAAUAUUAUAGAUGCUGGAUAUCGUGGUGAAUAUUGGGGACGUGAGAUUUUAUAUGAUGGUCCUGGUGGAAUCAAAGGAGCUUGA